AAACGCUCACGUUGACCUGUCGGACACAGCCAAAUGUUCAACGGGUGCCUGGGAUUGGUUACCACUUGCAGAGUUAUAAAGACCAUCAGACAUGCAAUGGCGAGCUUGAGCUCGAGGCAACGCUACGUCUUCGUUCCCGAGUCACCGCAAAUGACAAGCCAGCACAGGAGUUCGAGCUUGUUGCGCAAAUCGUGCAACAUUGCACCUCAUCCGGGAGACCAGAAAAAAGAAGGGGUUAUCUCCGCUGAUCUCUUAAACUCCUGGCAUCAUCGGGGCGCCAUUGGCACUGGCGCUGGUCGUUGUAGAAGAUAUAAGGAACAGCUCUCAACGACCUGCUGUUUCCCGCUCAAAGCAUCAGUUCGAGACCAGUCAUCAGGAACACAUACCGUUCACAUAAAUCCAUAUUCAGCACACCAACAUCAACAUGGCCCCUCCUGCCGCCGACAUCGAUGUACAGACUGCUCCUGUGGUGGUUCCUGUUCCGACCAAAGGAUCCAUCGCUCCCGGACACAGCAGCGCCUCUAGGCUUUCGGGGCCCUUGACCUACUCGGGCACUCUCGACACCUAUGAGCAUUUCGAUGUCACGAAUGUAAUCGGUCGCGAGUUCACCAACUUGCAACUGAGUGAGAUCCUACAUGAUGACGAUAAAAUCCGUGAUCUCGCCAUUCUCGUUUCUCAACGAGGCGUCGUGUUCUUCCGCAACCAAGAUCUAAGCAUUGACGACCAGAAGCUCUUGGGUCAAAGACUGGGUGAGUUGACAGGAAAGCCUGAGACGUCCAAGCUCCACAAGCACGCCCUUGCCAACAGCAAGCGCGGUAUUGCCGUCGAUGAGAAUGGCAAGCUCGACGACGAGGUUUCUGUCAUCUCGUCGGAGCAGAAUCGGAAGUACUACGCCGAUCGUUAUGGCUAUACUGCAAAGAGACUGGCGAGUGAGGGCUGGCAUGCUGACAUCACGUUCGAGCAUACCCCUUCCGACUAUGCCAUCCUCAAGAUUGUGCAGCCUCCCGAAGAUGUUGGCGGAGAUACCCUCUGGGCCUCUGGCUAUGAGGCGUAUGACCGUUUAAGCCCUGCGCUUCAGAAGUUGGCCGAGAGCCUGACUGCGACGCAUCAUCAGCCCAACUUUGUCAGGGUCAAAGAAGCCUUCGGUGCUGAGCUGAUUGAUCAGUUCCGUGGUGCUCCGGAGAAUAAUGGGUUGGAUUUCAAGGCUGAGCACCCUGUUGUCCGCACCAACCCAGUCACCGGGUGGAAGUCUCUCUUCGGAGCCGGGCACCAAGUGCAUGCCGGUUGGAUCAACGGCGUCACGGAGCGUGAGAGUGAGAUUCUCAAGGCUUAUUUUUACCAACUCAUUUCUGAGAACCACGACCUUCAAGUCCGCUUCCGUUGGAACAAGAACGAUCUUGCCAUAUGGGACAACCGAUCGAUGUUCCAUACAGCUACGUACGACUAUGUCGGCAAGAGACAGGGCAACCGGGUGGUGUCGCUGGGAGAGAAACCCUAUUUCGACCCCAACUCCAAAUCCAGACGGGAGGCACUUGGCUUGCUCUAGGAUGGGAAGACGAAAGGCUUUGAAGGUUGACCGCUAAAGGCGGGAAAGAGGCUGGUGAUGCUGAUCCGUAGUUAAACUUUGGUGUUGUACGUAUCCGUUUAAGGAGGUAUUGCGUAAUGAAUGCCACGAUUGCUUUCUCCUGCUCCACGU